ACAAUUGAAGUGAUAGGUGUAUUAGAAGAGAAUUCUACUGAUGAUUCAGGCAGUUCAUCCAAAGAAUUGAUUUAUACUGGUGGUGAUAAAGGUAUAAUUAGGGUAUGGGAACUUCAUACCGCAGUAACAGAUGAUCAAAACUUUUUAUUUUACAAUUUAUCCAAAAAUUUAAAAAGAUAUAGACAAAUCAUUGGUAACAACAAUGAAAUACUAGAUCUUUCUUUUGUUGGUCCAGACGAAACUCACCUGGCCAUAGGUACAAACACAGAACAAAUUGGAUUGUUUAACAUGACAGCGUUUGACUUUAAUAUUGUUUAUGGUCAUAAUGAUAUAGUUAUUUGUUUGGAUAAAAAUAAUACAGGUGAUAUUCUCAUUUCUGGUUCAAAGGAUCAUACUGUUAGAAUUUGGAAGAUUGAUCUGAACAGUCAAGAUGCAUCUGAUCGGGUUAAAUGUUUGGGCGUUUGUGUUGGUCAUACUGAGGCUGUUGGUUCUGUUGUUAUGUCCAAAAAAACUGAAAAUUUUUGUAUUAGUGGCAGUGCUGAUCGAACUAUAAAAUAUUGGGAUCUAUCGUCAAUUGAUAAAUCAGAUCCAGAUGAAAACCAUAAACCCAA